AUGGCAUUCCUAAUUCCAGACAAAAUUCUGGACACCCUGAUUUGUGAUAUUUGCAGUAAAUACUUAUCAAUUCAGCCUGUGAAGGCCUACACGAAUCGACGUAUAAUAUGCGGUAGAUGUGUAAAAAACCAAAACCAGGCUGAUGGUGUUAUUUCCUUGUUUUGCCUCAUUGCUGAUGAAUGCCUUUUCAAGUGCAUCAACCGAUUUGAUGGUUGCAGAGAAGUCCUUCUUCAUUCACAAGUGAAGGAUCAUGAGAGGAAAUGUAUAAGUAAGUUAUACAAGUGCCCUAUUUGCCCAGAGCCAGAUGAAUUGCCUUCCUUGUUGUUAGAACAACAUUUUCGUAAGAAGCAUGAACAAUAUGUUUUGAAGUACCCAGUGUUUUUUCCCAACCUGAACGCUAUGUCAGAAUCAUCAGAGAUAUUCCUCUAUAGUCUAGAGGACUCUUUAUUUUUUGUCUCUGUCAUAUACAGCCAUUCAGAAAACAACAUCCGUUUCAAUGUUAGUAGUCUAGGAAAUUGUAAACAAGCUGGUAGUGUUAUUCAACAGUUCUGGAUAUCUGAUAAUGAGGCUGUUGAAAUUUCAACUGAAAAAAGACCUUGUACUUGCUUUGGAAUGGAAAAAGACUGGUUCUGUAUCGAAUUAUCAAGUAUGGGUAACAAUAAGUCAAUUGUAGUUAAAUUUGAUUUAAAGAUUACUGAUCCACAAUUUUUGAGAAUACCAUGUAGAGCUAUUCAAUCCAGUGAACACCCAAAGGAGCUAGCUACUCUUGUACCAAGUUUAGGUGUUCGCCGUCGUCUUUCAUUCAAACCCAUGGUGGCCCCAUUUAGACCCAGAAAAAUAUAUGUAUCUCCUGAACUGGGAAAAAGUUGUGAUAUUUCUCUAAAUCGUUCUGCUACUGCUAUUAUAUAUUCGGGUAGGUUGAUGUUUCUCCAAUGUAUGAACUGCCUUGAAAUUUGUUAUGUAAUUGAUAAUAAAUUUUAUAUCUGUGAUGGCAAUGAACAACAUUCCCUUUGUUACUUUUGCUUCCACUUUUUGAAACGUCAUAAAUACAUAAGAGAAGAGAACUAUCUUGAAAAAACUUUAACUCGUGUUAUAAUGUAUUAUCUUCAGUUUUCAUGUAAAUGGGCUUGUGGACAAAUGAUUUCUGUUCCGACCCGGUCUAUUGACCAUAUUAAUCAUGAAAAAAUUUGUAGAUUCCUGAAUUAUUAUUCUUGUCCUCUGCCAAAUUGUCAGUUCCGAGGGAAGACGUUGUCAGAGUUUGAAAACCAUUUCAUUUCUAAACACAAUGUGCCCUUCUUCCCUUCAGACUAUUACUAUGGCACUUUGAAAAUGGAUAUGAUACUUUUUGUAAAUAAUCAUUUUAUAUUGAUUGGUGUUGAGAGGUGUGCAAAUGUAAUGCAAAUUGUUAUCAACAAUAUAAACUCGGGUGAUGAUAAUAACAUCAAAAUUAUAGCUUUAAUAUUUGAUAAUGAAAAACAUUUUUUGAAAGAUUUUGUUAACAAAGUCAACUUUAGGCAUAGUAACAAUUCAUAUUAUUUGAAAAUUAUUGUCCUAGGUUAA